AUGAUAAAGAAAAGAUCAGCUGCUGUUGAGGAAGAGAAAAAAGAAGAAAAGCAAAAAUUUCCCAAAGUUUAUCCGAUCAUCAUUAUCGAGUGCGGAACAGUUAUGCUUAGAAAAUUUCAACGCAAAACCUCAGCUAGUGUUAUUUAUGAAGCAGAUAUUAUCGGUGUUGCACGGAUUGUAUUCGAUGAUAAAGCAAUGAAAUUACAAGGUGUACUAAUUGAUAAAAAUGACAAAUGCUUUUCAUUACGUGGUUGCGUUGUUCCAGACGAUAAACAACAAUCAACAACAGUCCUAUCGACCAAUUUUGAUGUGAUAGAUGGUGAAACCAACCAUAAUUUUAAAAUUGAUGAUGUAGUCAUGAAAUUAGAAAUUGAUCCGAAAACAACGCAUCAUAAAAUGAUCUUAGAGCAUCCAUCACUCAAAUUUAUCACCAAAAGAUGGUAUCAUGGAUACAGGGCAGAUAUAGAAAUUAGUGGACAUAUAAAUCCACAAAUGGUUGGUUAUGGCUGCAGUCUUUUUGUUGGUGAUAUGACAAUUAGUACAAUAAGUACACACCAUUUUGUACCAUUAAAACGACGUUUAAGCUUAGUGGACGAUAACAUCAUAGAAUCGUCCAAUGAUUUUCUAGCCUGA